AAAACGUCAACGUCAGAGUUGAAAGGUCGUCUGAAACAUGGCUGCUCCCGUGGAUGACAUGUUUUCCUUCUGCGUGGACCCCGGCAAAGUGUCCAGCUGUGUGGAAGUCAGAUUUAUCGACAAUGUCAAGGGCAAGGGUCUCUUUGCCAAAAGGAGCAUAAAGAAGGGAGAAACCAUUUUCAUUGAGCGGCCUCUCGUCUCUGCCCAAUUCCUGUGGAACACUUUGUAUAAAUAUAAAGCCUGUGAAUACUGCUUACGUGCUUUGGAGACUGCAGAGGGGAAUGCGAGAAGACUUAGCGGCAUCCCUGGACUCAGCCUUCCUCAUCCUGAGCUGUGCCGUGUACGCCCAGAACAGCAUCAAGCAUGCCCUCAGUGCCAGGUGAUGUACUGCAGCAGCGAGUGUCGACAGGCAGCGGCAGAUCAGUACCAUCAGGCUCUGUGUCUGGGUCCUUCUGAAGAAGAUCCUGAUCACCCCAUCAACAAGCUCAAAGAUGCAUGGAGGAGUAUGCAUUAUCCCCCUGAGACCUCCAGCAUCAUGCUUAUGGCCAAAAUGGUAGCUAUGGUAAAACAGGCCAAAGAUAAAGCACACUUGCAGAAGCUGUUUACUCACUUCUGCAGCCGGACAGCCAACGAGGAAGAGGAGAUCGCCCAUAAGCUCCUAGGAGAACAGUUCAGAGGGCAGUUGGCCUUGCUGCACAGCCUUUUUACAGAAGCACUUUAUGACGACCGUCUCGGCCGGUGGUUUGUCCCUGAGGGUUUCCGUUCUCUGUUUGCUUUGGUGGGGACCAACGGACAAGGCAUUGGCACCAGCUCUCUGAGCCAGUGGGUUCAUGCCUGCGAUGCACUUGAGCUUCCUGCCCAGCAGAGGGAGCAUUUGGACUCUUUUAUUGACCAGCUGUACAAGGACAUUGAAAAAGAAACCGGAGACUUUCUAAACUGCGAGGGGUCUGGACUCUUUCUGCUUCAAAGCUCAUGUAACCACAGCUGCAUACCCAACGCAGAGGUGUCGUUCCCCGACAACAAUUUCCUCCUUCACCUCAGUGCCCUCUGUGACAUCAACCAGGGAGAGGAGAUUUGCAUCAGUUAUUUGGACUGCUGUCAGCGGGACCGAAGCCGACAUAGCAGACAUAAGAUUCUGAGGGAGAACUACCUGUUUGUCUGCUCGUGUCCAAAGUGCGUUUCCCAGAUGGAUGAAUUGGAUGUGACAUCCGAGGAGGAAGAGGAAGAAGAAGGUGUGGCAGAAGGUGAAACAGAGGGAGAUGAGAUGGAAGAUGAGAUGACAGAUGUCUGAUGAAAGACUUGACCAUAUUGUUCUCAGCCGCCUCCCAUUCCUGCCACCACGCUCAGCACCCAUGAAGCCCGGAAGAUUUAACGACCAGUCCAGACUAUGAUCUGCAUUUCACUGGUGUCUCAAUGUGUGUCGAAAAUGGCCUGUUGGCACACAGCGCUUAUUUUAGAGAUCAGUCACAGAAAUUGUGUGAUGUACGCCUGUGUGUGUGUAAGACUGAGGUUUGUUCUUUUUUUCACUUCAGCACACUGGUGGUUUACAGUGGAACAAAGAAAGUGCGUGCCAUUCAAACACAUGGGGACUUAAAACUGUCAAAUUGAUGUUUUGGAGCUCCUUUUAAAAUUAUUUGAACUGCACGGUGAUGGCUUUUUAUUAAGUGUUGAGUGAAUAAUGCUUGGCUAAUUGUGCAAGCAGCAGUAGUGUAACAUGAAUAUUUCCUGGAUUUCUGGUUGUCCACAGGGAGGCAGAGAGAGAAGCCAGCGAGGGAACUCUCUCAAGCUAUUUUAUAUGGACAACUUGUAAAAAUACUACUACUCUCCAAGGAUAACUAUACCCAAUCCCAAAUAUUCGUUCUACUUGAAGAAAAACGAGUAAAGAUUGAAACCUUUUAGUUUUCUGGCAUCACUCCAAAUCAAUACAAAGUUUUUCUGGGUGGUCACCUUUGUCCUUGGAUUGCAAUCCUGAAGUAGGUGAUCUAUUCCAAGGUGAAAAUCUACCAUCCUCAGGAUGCAAGAGGCACAUAUUGCUGCCCUCACAAUCAGCAGGUCUACACACACACACACACACACACACACACACACACACACACACUGGAGAGUUAGAGAGCACUUGUAAAACCAUCAUCAAAACACCAAAUGAUGGGAUGCCGUUUGGAAGAAUGGCUUAUUUUCCUCCAGCAGAUUUCCAGGAAGCUGGAGAAUUGAACUGGAGUUCUGGCAAACAUUCAUUAUCUGUUGUUGUCAGCACCGCUGUCACAAUAGAAGUUUCAUUCACCACCGAUGUAUACAGUAAGAGGAUAAGAGCAGCUUUAGCACAAGGUCAGGUCUAUAUCCUAUAGUGUAGGUAUUUUGUCUGUAAUCCGUUGUGUUGGGAGUAAAGAGCCAAAGAAAAACUGUUAAAAUUGGCGUUUGCAAUGUGUUUGACAUGUAAGUUCACUUAAUGUAACAUUUGUUUCUAAAGACUCUUAAAGAAAACAAAGCAGUUCAGCAAAAGUCAGUUGGUUCAUAGGUGCUUCUGUUUUACCUAAUAUAUGUUUCUUACAUGACUAUGCAUACAGUGUUGUUCAGGCUUUUUAUUUAUAGGCCUAAUUACAGCCUUGUCAUAUGGGAGACAUCCAGCCGGUGAAUAUAUAGUUUGGUUUCCACCUCUUGAUCUAUUGGGUUGAGUUAAACCUUACUUAAUGCAUUAUGGAGACCUUGAGUGGAAAAUUGCUUUGUCAGUAACUGUUUGCCCUUUGUUGAGAACUGUAUUUCAGACCACGGUUCCAUAUGAGUGAAAUCGCUGCUGCUGCUGUACGUGAAUCAAUAUCACAACAAUGACUGUAAUCACAAAUCGCAGUGUUUUCAGCUGCUCAACAAAGAUUGGAAAUAUUGAACGACAAUUUUCUCAGUUAGCAAUCAGCGCAGUGGCACAGGAGAACAUGGCUUUGUAAGUCGCAUGUAAAAUUUAAAUAUAACAGGAGCCUAGCAGUUGUCAUUUUUACUGCUCUGGCAUAAAGCAUUGAAAUUGGA